AUGUGGGUUUUGCGGUUCUCUCUAAUAUGAAUUUAAAUCUGUAAAUUUGAAUCUCUACGGUCUCAACCUCCCAAACGCGCAACGCUCUCUGGUUAUCUGAACCUAUUAUUUUAUAUUUUAGUGCUCCAAGUCCAGCGGCCAUGGCUUCGAUUAGGAGCUUAAACACUUGGCGGACUAUUGAGAAUCAUCUUCAAAUCUGUUCAAAACAUGUUGCAAUUCAAGUCCGAGACGCAAACCAACUAGUUCUUUCUAUGCCCAUUUCUAGAAGAUCAGCAAUUCUGGUUUCUUCAUUGCCAUUUACCUUCAUUUCCCUUCCACAAUCCUCAGAAGCAAGAGACAGACGCAACAGGAAGGCCGUUCCUCUUGAAGACUAUCUUACCACACCUGAUGGAUUGAAAUACUAUGAUAUUGUUGAAGGAAAUGGUCCAGUUGCUGAAAAAGGAUCCACAGUUCAGGUGCACUUUGACUGUAUGUAUCGCGGUAUAACCGCCGUGUCAAGUCGAGAAUCUAAACUCUUGUCUGGAAAUCGUAGUAUUGCUCAGCCAUAUGAAUUCAAGGUUGGAGCUCCUCCAGGUAAAGAACGAAAGCGUGAGUUUGUGGACAACCCAAAUGGUCUUUUCUCUGCUCAAGCUGCACCGAAACCCCCACCGGCCAUGUACUCAGUAACAGAAGGAAUGAAAGUUGGGGGGAAGAGGACUGUGAUUGUCCCUCCAGAGGCUGGUUAUGGCAAGAAAGGAAUGAAUGAGAUUCCGCCAGGAAGCACAUUUGAGCUAAAUAUUGAGCUUCUAGAAGUAAUUUCGCCAGAAGGAAAGUAAAGCCUAGUCAGGGUGAUGAGAAUUCAAAACAUCAGUGCUGGUCAACUUUUUCUACAAGGAAAACGACGUAGUAUCACGGCGGGAUUGUUUCUGACUGAAGAGCAUGGUUGAUCAAAUGUUUUAUCAUUGAAACACCAUUUGUAAAAUAUACCAAUAUAUGUAUAUGAUGAAACAAACUGCAAUCUAUCUUGGGGUAGGGCCAGAUUCGAUCCAAGCCGAACUUAAACAAGAUCUAACUCUGUAUCAACUCGAAUUGAGCCAAUUCAAGAUUGAUAAACUAAAGUCAAACUCGACUCGAAUACAAA